GAUCCUUUCCACACCGUUUCUUUCACAAUGCAAUCGCAUUACCAGUACUAAAAUUUAUCUUUAAGCUACGGUCACAAAGGUUCGUACGAACGAUUAUUUCGUACGAAUCACCUUGUUUUCCAAGGUCUUCCCGAAUUUCCAUUGUCUGAAAAUCGUUCGUACGGCGUUCAUAGCAGUUCGUAAUGGCAUUUGCGACCGAGGCUUUAGGUUGUCGUCCUCAUCGUUGCUGAUGCCCAUACACAUUGACUGACCUUUGUUCUCUCUCUUUUCAUUUCAAUUUACAGUUUUAACGCCCUCCCAUCGAGGGGGCGGUAACAAAAGUGUACAACAAAUAUACUGUGCUGCAUAUUCUGUUUCGACGUCCAUCGUGACUAUAUUCGAAACGGACGUCGUUAAGCUUUUAGUGGACGAUGUUGGAUUUAAAAGGUUUCUUUUCGCUGUGGCGGGUGGCGUUCGCAUUUCACGUCUGCCUUGCAUUCGGCCGUGGUAUACUACUGUCCUUGCCGGUGAUCAUCGACGAUAUCACAGAAGACCUUCAAACGACCACGGCUGCAGUCGGGAUGAUAUUUGCAACAUUUCUAGUUUCUUAUGGUAUUUCAGGUCCUUUGGUAUCAUACGCUCUCAACGUUGUAGGUUGUCGUACGGUGAUCAUGAUAGCUGGUGUUCUCAUAUCUUCAGGGAUAUUCCUCACGGCGUUCGCACGACAUAUUGCCUUCGUUUGGGUUGGAUACAGUUUGCUUGGAGGGAUCGGAUCGAGUGCCAUCUACACAGCAUCUACAGCUACCAUUCGACAGCACUACUCUGACCACCACUACGCCCUAGCUAAUGGAGCUGCAACAACUGGCCUCUCGUUCUCGGUGUUGAUCUUAUCUCCAGUACUCCGAGCCCUUGCUUUUGCCUACGGAUGGAGAGGGGCUUUGGUCAUUGGCUCGGGCAUAACGCUCAACAGUGUCGUCAUUGGCGCACUCAUGAAACCCGAGGUCGUCAGAAAGCGAAGGACCUUGGUCGGUGAUGAGGGCGAAAUAGGCAACGUCAAUGACCACGACGGCGAUAAAGGUGAUGUUGACAACGGGACUAAUGAGGUUCUGCUUCGACCAUCUCCGUCUGACCAUCAAACUACUGCUACCGUUCUGGAGUCUUCAGAAUCACAUGACCAAGAAAGUUCUGCAGGAGUUUGCAAAGACUGUAGUGGAUCGCUGAAGAAUCAAAGUUGUUAUCCGAGAGCACCUAUGGGCAUUACAGUCCCAUGUGAUGAUCAAGAGCAACAUGGUGAUUCGGAUGAAGAUAUCGACGGGAAUAAGAAUGAGAUUCAAAGUCUUGCGGAUUUUGAUACAGAUGGCGACAUCCAUUCUGGAGUCUCUAUCACGGAUGACAAAGGAGGUCCUCAAACCACAUUCCUCGGAAUAGACCAUGGUUCUAACUGUAGUCCAUCUAGUGUGAAUGAUAUGCGAAAGGGUGACAAAUAUCGUAGCCUUGAGAGUGCAAGAGUUGUUAAAUCUACAUUUAGAAUAUCCAAUCUUUUCAAGUUUAGCGCCAAACCCCUGACGAGGACAACCAAAAUUUGUCAUGUGGCACUCCUUGUCGCUAUAUUUUUUCUGGCAGCAACUUACGUGACUGUUAACAUUUUCCUCGCCUCGGCUGGGACUCAUGUAGGACUCUCUUCCAUGCAAGCAGCCACACUUCUCUCCGUCUUCGGGGGUUCUCAGGCUGUUGGUCGUUUUUCCAAUGGGUUUCUUGUGACGAAGGGUUACGUGAAAGCCGUGCAUCUCUACAUAGGCGCGCAGAUACUGAUGGCAUCAGCCUUUUUGGUCCUCGGACUUCUGAUGAGGGUUUACGUGGUCGCCAUCUUGGCAUCAUUAGCGUUCGGAGUGUCCGCUGGGGCUAUCCUCUCACUCAACAUCGUCAUGCAGAGGGUGAUCGAUGACAGUGCGACGUCGAUCUCGUUAGGAUGGCUACUAUUCGUCGAUGUUUUCGGUGGUCUCUUCGGCAGCUUAGCAUUAGGUUUCCUGAAAGACUUGACUGGUAGCUUUGUGCUUAUGUUCGUUCUGGCUGCAGUUUUCACAUCACUGUCUGUUGCCCUCAGCGUUAUCAUCCUUAUACUCAAGAAGCGGGAAACGAUGUCCUUGAAAAGGAACAUAAAAUCCAACGAAGCAAUCUAGACUUCCUGGCUGAUUCCGCCUUUAAAGAAAAUGAACCUAACUAUUUUGCAGCGUAUUACGCCUAUCAGAUGACACAACCUAUUAACAAUGUUAGAACAAUUAAAAGUGGAACUUAAGCUUAACCCCGGGCUAACACUACCCCCCCCCCCUUAGCCCCACCUAUAGUCCGGGGCUAAGCAAAAUUUUACCAGUGUGAAAACGGUGUACCAACUCUAGAAGUAAGACUAAUGUAGCACAGACUCAUGAUGUACUAUAAAAUUAUCAACAAUUAUUUAGUAAAUCUCUGUAAAAGAAUUACGCCAGCAAAUAGAAUAUGCAGAAAUUACCAUUAAAUAAGAAGAUGUUUCUACCUUUUGCAAAAGGUUGACUACAA